AUCUAGCUUACUAUGUCCGGUACACGCAUGCAAUUUCGCCAACGUAUGGUGGGCUUGUGACGAUAAGUUAUAUUGUACCUAUCUAGUUGAGCGCAGUGUGUUCCUGAUUACUAGAGAGUCGCACCACUGCCAAUAUCAAUAGCAUCAUUGUUUUACAAGAUGAAGAAUUAUAACUAUUUUGUAUUUAUACUGGGUUUCUUGGCUCUGCUCGGUACCAAUGUUCAAGCUGUAGACGAGGAAAGCGAGAAAGAAUACGAUUCAGAAGUAGAAGAUGAAUUGGACGUUAUAAGCGACGUGGAACAAUCUCCCAAUGAAAACCUUCGGGAUUCGUUAAUGGGACUAAAUUCCGAAGAAUCAGCGAAUGAAAAUGAAGAUAUGGAUGAGGAUUUGACAGACGAGAAUGAUGAAGUAGAAAAAGAGAAGGAGAUUUUAACAAUGAUGGAGAAUAGUAUACAAGAGAGGGGACUUUCCAUGCGACUUACAAAUCUUCUUCGUGAACUUAGAAAGAAAUAUGGGAUUGAGAAGGCUAAUUCACAAAAAGGGACAUGCUCAAAAUUCCGUGGACGUAGAAACGUUAUUCACAAGUGCACAACCGAGAAUACACUGCUCGGUAACGUCAUUGCUUGUCGAUUGAAUUGCAAGGGAGGUUAUCAUCUUAGACAUCCUGUACCUCACUAUGAACUCUGCGGCGCCGCGACUAAAUAUAGAUGGACCUAUGAAUUGAGAGGUGACUCUAAAUCAGGAGAAAGAUGUAUUAAAGGGAAGUCGUCAAAACCGUUGCCCACUGCCUGUAAAUCACCAAACUGCGUUUCUACAGCUGCCUACUAUAUGGACAAAAUUGACUACAAUGUAAAUCCGUGUGAUGACUUUUAUAAAUACAGUUGUGGUCGUUGGUUGACUGAAACACCAUUUCCACCAGACAGUCGUGGAAAAUAUCAAACUUACACUGUUCUGAGAAAUCGUGUGAAAAGAAAUAUGGCAGAAUUAUUGGAAAAGAAGGUUCGUAAAAGUGACAUAAGCGCUGUUAAAAAGGCAAAAAUCGUUUACAAAUCUUGCAUGAACACAGAGCUAAUCAACGAUCUUGGAAAAAAACCGCUGCUUGAUUUUCUGCAAGGUGAUUUAACAUGGCCGGUCAUCAGUUCUGAUUGGUCUCCCGAUCAAUUUGAUCUGGAGGCCACUCUUGCAACGCUGAGAGGAAGAUAUCACAACAAUGUCCUUUUCACGACUCGAGUUGGUAAAAGCUCAGGCCAAUACGUACUUCAGACUUGGAAAGGAAAGAUGGCGAUGCCAAAUCGAUAUUACUUUGAGUCAAGAUAUGCAAACAGAAAAGCGGCCUAUUUUUCUUUAAUGAAAGAUACGGCUGUAAUGUUAGGGGCUGAUGAAGAUAGGGCGGAGGAACAAAUGAAGAAAGUUUUAGAUUUUGAGACAAGAAUCGCGCUCAUGAAAAUUCUCGAUAUGGACUAUCUUUCAACUAAAUCAAUAUCCGAAAUGAAUAACGAUAUACCUGGAAUCAACUGGUUGAAACUAUUCAAACGGAUGAUAUGGACAAGUACAAUUACAACGGAUACGAAAGUACAAGUCUGGAAUAUUGCUUAUCUCAAGGAUUUAAUAAAAUUCGUGAAAAAAACAGAUCCACAAGUUGUGCAGAAUUACAUGGUAUGGCGUAUCGUCAAACAUCGCAUGCGAAAUUUAGAUAUUAGCUUCCAGAAAAGAUAUCUUCAGUAUAAAAGAACAUUUUACGGUACUACGAAACUUCGUGAACGCUGGUACACUUGUGCGAACUAUGCCAUAUUUUCGAUGAAAGGACCAACAGGAAAAAUGUUUGUCGACAAAUACUUUUCACCAGCAAAGAAGCAUACGGCGAAAGAUAUGUUUGAGAACAUAAGAAAUGGAUUUAUAGAACUUUUGAAAACCGAAGUGACGUGGAUGGACAAGAAAACGAAAGAAUACGCAAAAGAGAAGGCAUUGGCAAUAAAACCAUAUAUCGGAUACAACAAACAGAUUUAUGAAAACGAUACUUAUUUAGAUGAUGAAUGGAAACAGCUACUUGCGAAAAAGAAUGAUUAUUUCGGAAACGUUGUUCGGAUUCUCACGCAAAUGUCACAAAACGGAUUUAAAAAAUUAGGAACAACUUAUGAUGCUAAUGCUAGAGUAUCACCAUCGACUCGACCCACGAUGGUCAAUGCUUUUUAUAAUCCGUCUCACAACUCAAUAACUUUACCAGCAGGAGAAAUGCAGUACCCAUUCUACUGGGGAGACAAAUUUCCAAGAAUGUUCCAAUACGGUGCUAUAGGAACAAUUCUAGGGCAUGAAAUCACCCACGGAUUUGAUAACCGAGGUCGCAAACACGACAAAUUUGGUAAACUCAAGAAUUGGUGGUCAGAUAAAUCACUUCAACAAUUCAAUCAAAGAACAGGUUGCAUUGAGAAACAAUACAGCAACUACUGGUGGCCGGCAGCAAGAGAAUAUAUUGAUGGAAGUCAAACACUUGGUGAAAAUAUAGCCGACAACGGUGGAAUAAGAGAAUCGUACCAAGGUUAUCAAAUUUGGUUGAAGAAACACAACAUUACCGGUGAAGACAUUGAACCUGCUACUGGACUGACAAAUAAUCAGAUGUUCUUUGUGGGUUUUGCAAACGUACGUUGUGCAAAAUAUACACACCAGGCAGCUGAACAUACGGUUGCCAACAGCGUACACAGUCCCGGAAGAUAUAGGGUAAUCGGAUCACUUCAAAACUUUGAUAAAUUUUCGGAGGCAUUUCAAUGCAAACGGGGAUCUUACAUGAAUCCAACAAAGAAAUGCAUUUUGUGGUGAUGCGGAUCGUUACUAAAUUUUUUUUACAUAGGAAAUUUUAUAUAUUUAUGCAGAAUGAAUACUAACGAAUAAUAGGUUCACACACGAACUGAUAAAAACGUCUGUUGUAUGGAGACUAUGACGUCUUAUACUAGGGUAGCAUCUGCCUUUAACGGCAUUUGGAAAAUCAAAUCAGCGACGUGAUCCAAUGCAAUGCUAGAGUUUUCAAUUAGGAAAAAUGUUUUAUUCUUCGUCUUUUUACGCAUUUGUUUUAUCGAUUCUUAAUUUUUUUUCGAUAGGUAAGAUAAGAAGAGUGUGCAUUGCACAGUAUUUAUAUUCAUCCUUCUCUAUUAGGUCCUCCACUUGCUUAAUGAUAUUUCUUUGUUUUAAUGUGUUGACUUCUUUAGGUUGCAUAUAGAAUUACUAAUUUCACCGCACAAAUAUAAUUUCAAAGUUGAA